AAAAAGAACAUCAAUAACAUCAAGAUUCCUGCACUAAAUCAAGACUUUUUAGUUCCAAACCCAAACCCAUUACACAUUUUCAUAUACCCAUAAGGCCAUAACCAUGCACUCCCCCAAAUGAACCAAAAAAAGCUGCAAUUAAAGCUAUAAACAACCCAUUUUCCUUCACAACGACCUUGCCUUAAAACCCAAGAACAUACCCUUAAAAUCAAACCUUUUCUAAAUCUACCUCUCUACACCUUACAAAAUGGCACUAAGCAACAAUGUCAUAGGAGCCAUAAACUUCCUUGGCAUACUAUUAGCAAUACCAAUUAUCGGUACCGGAAUAUGGCUAGCUAGUGAUCCAGAGAAUUCAUGCAUUAAGAUCUUACAAUGGCCGGUUAUAAUAAUUGGUGCAUUAACGCUAAUAGUUGCCCUAGCCGGGUUUGUGGGCGGGUUUUGGCGUAAUGCGCCUUUGCUUAUAUUUUACCUUAUUGGUAUGCUUAUUAUGAUUAUUUUGUUAGUUUGUUUGGUUGUUUUUGUGCUUAUGGUAACAAAUAGAGGGUCGGGUCACCCGGCCCCUAGCCGGGGUUUUUUGGAGUAUAGGCUUGAUAGUUUUUCGGGCUUUCUUCGACGGAGGGUAAAUGGGCCGUUUAAAUGGGCCGUUAUAAAGAGUUGUUUGAGCUCUUCAAGUAUUUGUCCUGAGUUGAACCAGACUUAUUCUACAGCUCAAGAUUUCUUCAUUGCUCCUCUUUCUCCUAUACAGUCAGGAUGUUGCAAGCCACCAACAGCAUGUGGUUACACUUUUAUAAACCCAACUUUUUGGAUAAGCCCAAUUGAUACUGCUUCUGAUAUGGAUUGCUUAGUUUGGAACAAUGAUCAAUCCCAGCUUUGUUACUCUUGUGAUUCUUGUAAAGCUGGUUUACUUGCUAGUCUUUCUAAGCAAUGGAGGAAGGCUAAUAUUAUCUUAAUUAUUACCCUAAUCGCCCUUAUUUGUGUUUAUCUUAUUGGUUGUUGUGCUUUUAGGAAUGCUAAGACUGAUGAGAUUUUUAGAAAAUAUAAGCAAGGUUACACUUGAUGAGCUGCUACUCUUGUGAGAGACUGUCUCUCGAUAACAUGACCUCAAAAUAAGAAAUUCAUAUGCUAAUAAUUUGUAUUAUUGGGCUAUUUAACACGUAUAUGAGGCACAUUCUACGGUGAGACCGUUUCAUACAGGAAUUUGUAAUACUGAUCAUUAUUAGGACAAUAGUAGUACUAGUAUAAUCUUAGCUUGCUUCAUUUAUUUUUCUUUUUUUACGUUAUUUUUUGUUGUAGAAAGUUUGUUCAAUUUCUGGACAUAUGUUGAGUUUAACUAGCUUUUCUUUGCUACUUUUAUUAUAAAAUGCUUGCUAAUCGAAAUUGAUCUAAU